GAGACCUUUAUUUUGGUUCCUCUACGAAUCACGCAUCAAAAAUUCCUUUUUCCUUUUCUUUCCCACUGUUUUAUAGGUAGAGCUGGAAGAAGAAGCAGCGACCCCCAACUCCUCCCUCCAUUCGCGCAAAAACACCGAACCCACCUCCUCUCCUCCCCCAACCAAAAAUCCCUUCCUUUUUUUUUCUUUUUUGUUUUUUCUUUUAUUGUCUCUCCCCUCGCCGGCGGCGAUGAGCCCCAGGAGGGAGCAGGCGGAGGAGCAGCAGCAGCAGGGGUGGAGGGAGGAGGCGGUGUCGGGCGCAUCGCUGAGGCAGGUGGACCUGGAGAGGGGCGCCAAUGGGUGGGCCUCGCCGCCGGGGGAUUUGUUCCACCUGCGCGCGAGGGGGUACUUUUCCGGCGGCGGCGGCGGCGGCGGUGGCGGUGGUGGGGGUGGGAGGCGCGGGAAGGCGCCCUCCGCCGCCGAGUGGCUCCUCCGCCCCGCCGGCGUCGACUGGUUAAGGAGCCACUCCCGCCUCGACCACGUCCUCGCCCGCGACGACAUCCCCGUCGCCGCCGCCUUCCGCCGCGCCCGCCUCCGCAAGGACCCCUCCGCCCACUUCCUCCUCGCCGUCAAUCUCCAGGUGCCGGGGCGGCCGGACGCGUACAGCGCGGUGUUCUACUUCGCGGCGGAGGCGGCGAUCCCGGCGGAGUCGCUGCUGGGGCGGUUCGUCCACGGCGACGACGCGUACCGGAACGCGCGGUUCAAGAUCGUGAACCGGAUCGUGAAGGGCCCGUGGCUGGUGCGCGCCACCGUCGGCAACUACGCCGCCUGCCUCCUCGGCCGCGCGCUCACCUGCCGCUACCACGGCGGGGACGGCUACCUCGAGAUCGACGUCGACAUCGGCAGCUCCGCCAUCGCCAGCGCCAUCCUCCACCUCGCGCUCGGCGCGGUCACCUCCGUCACCAUCGACAUGGGGUUCCUCGUCGAGUCCCAGUCCGAGGAGGAGCUCCCCGAGAGGCUCUUCGGCGCCGUGCGCAUCGCGCAGAUGGAGAUGGGCGCCGCCAAGUAUGUCGAGACGGCGCCCGACGAUGUGGUCCCCGACGCCGGCAGGGCUGGCGCCGGAUUCAGGGUUCACUCGGCGAAGGUGGCCAACGAUAGCCGCCACCAAGAACGCGCCGCCGGCAAGGUCGGGAGGUCGAUGAGCUGCCAGGAACGCGGGAGCGGAGGAGGAGGAAAAUAGAUGCGAAGGAAGAGAGAUCUUUGGAUGGAGAAAGAGGGGAUUGAGAUCGAACUAGCCGGAGGAGAAAGGCCGGGGCACAUAAAAUGGGGAAGCGGCGAAUACUCCCUUGAUCAUAAUGUGCAAGUCACUGAUUAAGCUGUGAUCAGAACUGAAACCUGAUCGAUGAGAAUAGUAUAUUAUUCGUAAUUAUGAUGCCAUUCUUCUCUUCAAUUGCAGCAGAAUGCAGCUUCUCUCUUGAGUGCUCCAUCAUCUUUUCUGCCAUCAUGUCCAAUCAAGCGAAACCCGUUCAACAGAAACAGAAUGUUGCCUGUUUCUGA